AUGUCAUUGUCCGACCCCUGGUUUCUGGCAGCUGUGAGCAGGGGAUACACUUUGCAGUUCCGACACCGGCCUAACAUGUUUACAGGAAUCCUUCCUACAGUUGUCAAGGAUCCAACCAGUUCUAUGGCCCUGUCGCUAGAAAUUUGUUCACUUUUGCAGGAAGGAGCCAUAGAAAAAGUUCAUCCCCUCAGUACAGAGGUUUUCUACCAGUUCUUUGACAUUCUUCCGUCUGUGAUGGAAGGAGACUGGUUUGUGGAACAAUGCCCCCAUUGUUCCACACUUUACAGGAAGUUCCUAAAAUUCAGCUUUCAGGACCAAGCAUACCAGUUCAGAGUUCUGCCAUUCGAUGAUUCUGCGGACGAGGAGCCCACCUCUCAGUCAGACCACAGUGAGAUCCAGGGCACUCUCAAGACUCUGGCCAGUAAGUUGGAUGACUUGAGCACGUGCAAUGACCUGAUAGCUAAGCACGGAGCAGCGCUGCAGCGGUCUCUGAGUGAGCUUGAGACCUUACGUGUGCCUCUGGAGGGAGGAGAGAAAAUCAAGGCUGUCAACGAGAGAGCCACCCUCUUUCGCAUCACCUCCAAUGCUAUGAUCAAUGCGUGCCGAGAUUUCUUGGACCUGGCAGAGAGCCACAGCCGCAGAUGGCAGCGAGUACUUCAGCAUGAGCGAGAGCAGCGCACCCACCUAGAGGAGACCAUCGAGCAGCUAGCUAAGCAGCACAACAGCCUGGAACGAGCCUGGAGAGAGGCCCCCGCGCACGCUGUCAACACGCCCAAUACACCCACCACCGACAAGGGAGUGAGUGAAAGGCCCAGGAAAGAGGAAGCGAGUGAUGAAGAUGAGGAUACAGAGUAUUUUGAUGCCAUGGAAGACUCACCUGCUUUUAUAACAGUGACUGCCACGGACCCCUCUCAACACAGGCGUUCUCAGUGUAAUCUCAGUGGUGCUAGCGGAGGACAGCCCAGUGACUGGAACCAGGAAGACAAUUGUUCUGUGAGCAGUAAUGAUUUUUCAGGCAAAGAGCUGCAGCCUCACAGAAAGAGGCGGACCCAGAUCCCAGAGAAGCCCAACUAUUCGCUCAAUCUGUGGAGCAUCAUGAAGAAUUGCAUUGGCAAAGAGCUCUCUAAGAUCCCAAUGCCUGUGAACUUCAACGAGCCCCUGUCCAUGCUGCAGCGCUUGACGGAAGAUUUGGAGUACCACGAGCUGCUGGAUAAGGCGGCGCGUUGUGAGAACUCUCUGGAGCAGAUGUGUUUGGUCGCAGCCUUUUCCGUCUCCUCAUACUCCACCACAGUGCACCGGACAGCCAAGCCCUUCAACCCCCUCCUGGGAGAGACCUAUGAACUGGACCGCCUGGAAGAAUUCGGCUACCGUUCCCUCUGUGAACAGGUCAGUCAUCAUCCACCGGCAGCUGCUCAUCAUGUGAUGUCACAGCGAGGCUGGACCCUGUGGCAGGAAAUUACCAUCGCUAGCAAGUUCCGUGGCAAAUACCUCUCCAUCAUGCCUCUGGGUGCAAUCCACCUACAGUUUCAUGCGAGUGGAAACCACUAUGUGUGGCGUAAAGUCACCUCCACCGUGCACAACAUCAUUGUGGGCAAACUGUGGAUUGAUCAGUCAGGAGAUAUUGAUAUAGUCAACCACAGGACCAAAGAGACCUGUCAGCUCAAGUUCUCUCCAUACAGCUACUUUUCAAGAGAAGUCCCACGAAAGGUCACAGGGGUGGUGAAGGACAGUGACGGCCAGGCCCACUACAUCCUGUCAGGUACAUGGGACGACAAGAUGGAGAGUGCCAAGAUUGUGCAGAGUAGCAGAGGAAGCAGCAGCUCUGAGGGCAAACAGAAGACUGUCUAUCAGACGCUCACACCCAAACUGCUGUGGAAGAAAUACCCUCUACCAGAGAAUGCUGAGAACAUGUACUAUUUCUCCUCUCUGGCUUUGACCCUGAAUGAGGAAGAGGAGGGUGUGUGUUGGACAGACAGUAGGCUGAGGCCAGACCAGCAGCUGAUGGAAGCGGGACGCUGGGACGAGGCCAACGUAGAGAAACAAAGGCUGGAGGAAAAACAGAGAGCCACAAGGAGGAGGAGAGAAGCUGAGGCCAGCAAGGCCAUAGACGAAGGACAGGACUUUGAGGGUUACAGGCCGCUGUGGUUCCACCAGAGGACAGAUGAAAUGACGGGAGAGACUAUCUACGUUUAUAAGGGGGGUUACUGGGAGGCCAAAGAAAGACAAGAAUGGAGUAUGUGUCCCGAUAUCUUCUGAACACACAAAUCAAUUGACUAACUCUGCAGAUAAAGACAAAAGAGGAAUAAACCCUCUACAUGGACUAAUCAGGGCCUUGGGACUGCAGAAGUAGUGGAGACAGGUUAUGAACACCUAUGCUGUUUGAUCUCUUAGUGUGUGUGUGUGUGUGUGUGUGUGUGUGUGUGUUUGCAGCCCAAUGACAUAUAUCUUUGCCUGACUCUCAAACAGACUACUAAAAUGGGAGAAUGGGAAAAUGUUCUCUCCGAAGUUCACUUCAAAGACAAGUGUGUGGGAGAAAUGCGCAGUUGAACUCUUCUAGCCAAGUGCCGCCCCAGUUUAUCUUCCAAAGCAAAUCAGGUUCUUUUUAUUCAGUACAACCCCAUCAUAAAUGCACUUUCCUCUCUUCCCAGCAUCUCUUACAGUGAAGUACACUGGACUGAGUCUUAUUUAUAAAGAGAUCAUAUCAAAGACGCUCCUCCCCGUCCCAUGCUGGCUUGGACAGCACAUGAACAAACACAUAUGAAGCAGAGACUCAACUCGACACAAUGCAGCUGCAACAUUUCUGUGAAUUAUCAGAUUGUUCAGCUUGUGUACUACGUUUAGUUUCAUUCAUAUCAACAACAAUACCAUAUUUGGGCAAAGGAAGUUCUUGUAUUUGUAUAUCCCAGAGAAUUACAGGAGCACAAUCAGGCUCUUUUAUUGGACACACAGCUGAAGACUUUCUCCCUGGCUCCGCCCACUUUGCACAACUAAUGGAAGUUAAAGGGGUCCUA